AUGUCCAACAACAACAACAUGAGGAAGGUCCGUCUGAACACAGUGACAGUGAACCUAGGUUGCAGCAGCUGCCAAAGUCCAAGACUCUCCAACAUUUUCCACCCAAAGCCAAAGUCCAAAACACCCACUACUUACCACCACAGAAAACACACCCUCUUCUAUCACACCUCUUCAACCUCCUCAUCGGACAAUGCUAAUCCUCCCCACUGUGCUGACGAACAAUACACCACAACCACCACCACCACUACGGACACAACACCGCUGUGUCAGUCAGACUCGGACACAGAGUCCGACAUAAGGAGCCUUCGGGCGGUUCAGGGGUUCGGGAGGAUUGGCAGUGAGAGCGUGGCGGUGGAGAAAGAUUCGGACGACCCGUACCUGGACUUCCGGAGAUCGAUGGUUGAGAUGAUAGUGGCGAAGGAGAUAUACUCAAGGGACGAUCUCCGCGAGCUUCUCAACUGUUUCUUGCAGCUGAAUUCACCUUACUACCAUGGGAUCAUCGUUCGAGCUUUCACUGAGAUCUGGGAUGCUGUUUUCUCACUCAGAGUCAAGUGUUCUUCUCCAAAACUCCAUCUUCCCCACAACUCACGUGCGCCAUUCUAACCGUUAAAUUUUGCGUCUGUAGUCUACUGGGUUAUUAUUGUAAUUAUCAAGACUUGGUUUGAUUUCAUCUCGUUUGAUUUACUUUGUUUAAUAGUUAGUUAUAUAUUUAGACAUGACUUUUAAACAUGGCAAAAUUUUAUUGUUCACUAUUGUAUGGUAGCUUAAGAGUAAAUUUAGAGGAAGAAAAAUAAGUAGAAAAAUGCUUGGGAGCACUAAUUAGUGCUCCCACUAAUUAGGUGACAGUGAG